UCUUGCGAUAUCUCGCGCGGAGCUCAAAAACUCGGUAGCACUCGAAUCACAUGGAAUGAGGAUUUGUAUCUCUUGGCUCGCAGACUCAGUCUAGCAAGUCUCAAGAACCUCUGUAAAGAUCGAGCCUGUUCAGUAUUCGCUAUCCUAUUCGUACAAUUUAGCGCCAAAAGUUGCAGGAGAUUUGCUAAUUUAUUCUCAAGCAUAGAGAAGACGAGAUCAUCUGUAGCUGCCCCGAAGCAAUUAUUAUCAUAUUAUGGGUGGCAAUGGCCGGUCCAGGUGGAAAAUAUCUUUCCAUCGUAAUUCUCCAAGCUCGAAGCUCGAACCGAAAGAGCCCCCCAUCGAGUUUAUAUGCCCAAUUUCUGGGUCUCUGAUAGCCGAACCCGUCGUAGUCGCUUCCGGCCAGACAUUUGAAUCUGUUUCUGUUCAAGUGUGCAGAGACUUUGGUUUCUCUCCCAAGCUACAAGACGGGUCGACGCCUGAUUUUUCCACUGUAAUUCCGAAUUUGGCUCUCAAAUCCACGAUAUCCAAUUGGUGCGUUAAAUCUGGCGUAGAGAACCCUCGCCCGCCAGACUAUAGCUCCGUGGAGAGGCUUGUCCGUGCAGCAAUGGCGUCAACGCGCGAAAAGCAGGAGUCAGAUUUGAGGAUUUCGGAUAGGGAAUUGCUCAAGGCCGUGCCGGAUAAUCCACCGGUCAUUUUCUCUCAUGCCGCCACGGAGGUGGGUCCCCGGGUAAACCAGUUCGAAACGAGUUCGUCCGAGGUGUCGGCAGUCGCCGCGGGGUGUCCCGAGACUCCUUUGCCCCUCGCGACUCGUCCUACCUGUUACUCUUCUUCGUCGUCUUCUAUCGAAAUUAACGAGAAUGAACAACAAAACCAGAACCCUAUCGGUCCACUUUCCGAGGGAGAGGAAAAAUUAGUGCUGAAGCUAAGGAGCGAAGAAGCUUCUGAGCAAGAAGAAGCGGCUAUCUCGCUGAGAAACAUCACCAAGACAAGAGAGGACACAAGAAUUUCACUUUGCACGCCCGCGUUGCUGUCAUCACUCCGAUCACUGAUCCCGUCGAAGCAUCGCGUCGUGCAAGUAAACGCCGUUGCUUCGCUGGUUAAUUUCUCCCUGGAGAAAUCGAACAAAGUGAAGAUUGUAAGGUCUGGAUUCAUCCCUUCCCUCAUCGAUGUCUUGAAAAAUGGAUUCCCUGAGGCGCAGGAGCACGCAGCGGGAGCACUAUUCAGCUUGGCCUUGGACGACGAGAACAAAAUGGCGAUCGGAGUACUGGGCGCGCUGGAGCCGCUCAUGAACGCGUUGAGGUCGGAGUCGGAACGGACCCGGCACGACUCGGCGCUAGCGCUGUACCACCUGACCUUGGUUCAGAGCAACAGGGUGAAGCUGGUGAAGCUCGGGGUGGUGCCGACGCUGCUAUCAAUGGUGAAAUCGGGGGAUCUGGCGAGCCGUGUUUUGCUGAUUCUGUGUAAUAUUGCGGCGGGGACGGAGGGGCGAACGGCGAUGCUGGACGCGAAUGCGGUGGAGUGCUUGGUGGGUGUGCUGAGGGAAAAGAAGGGGGUGGAAUGGGAAGCGACGAGGGAACACUGUGUGGCGGCGUUGUGUGGAAUGAGCCAUGGGAGCUUAAGGUUCAAAGCUUUGGCGAAGGAAGCAAGAGCUGUGGAAGUGUUGAGGGAGGUUGAAGGGGGAGGAUCAGACAGGGCGCGAGAGAAGGCCAGGAGGAUGCUGCAGAUGAUGAGAGCGGAAGGAGAAGAGGAUGACGAAAAUGGCGUCGCUUCUGUUGGGGCAUUGGACUCGGGCGGGUUGAGUCGAACCCGGUUCCGAGUUGGUGGCGGAAGGAAUGUGAACGCGGCCAACACCACCACGUUUUAGUAUUUAGGAUAUCUCCUUUUCGUAAUGGUAAUUGGUUUGCAAAUUUUUGCUGCAAAUUGGGAAAUUUUCCACCAUUGCGGCACUACUGGGAAUCAAGCUCAAGUUUGGAAUUGUGUUGGUAUCAAGGUUUCAACAGCGUGGAGGUUCUUAUUGAAUCGAAACUGGAAUGUCUUUUGCCAGAUUUAUGUAUGGAGAUGCAAAUUGCAUGGCUGAUGGUGUGGUUAGGAAUUGUCAUGUUUAGAAGACGAUUUGUACACCUUUCAUUUAAUGGCUAGUUGAUGAAAACUUUUCUAGUUUUCGUUCUUCCCUUGUACUGUGAUUGACUCAGUAAAAUUGUUAUUAUGUUUCA